AUGCAGAAUAGGAAGUACACGAGAGCACUAUUCCGAAUUUACGGUUCCCCUUGCGCAGCAUGCAAGCUUCUAAGGAGGAGAUGUUCUCAGGAAUGUGUUUUUGCUCCCUACUUUCCAGCUGAUGAGCCGCACAAGUUUGCCAGCGUCCAUAAGGUGUUUGGUGCCAGCAAUGUAAACAAGAUGCUUCAGGAGCUGCCAGAGCAACAGCGAGGGGAUGCAGUGAGUGCUAUGGUGUACGAGGCAAACGCGAGGAUGAGGGAUCCAGUGUACGGGUGCGUGAGUGCUAUAUCUUCUCUACAAAACCAGGUUGACCUCCUGCAGUCUCAGUUGGCACUUGCACAGGCUCAAGUUCUCCAAAUGCGAAUCUCCUCCACCCAAUCCUCCUCCUCGCUGAUAUCUAUGUCCCAGGAUCAGUACUAUAACAGUACCACUGUGCCACUGAUCACAACUCUGCGCCACCUGAUCAUCAUCAUCAGAAUCACUCUCCCACCGCGUCCAGGGAUCAUCGCCAUCUUGAGCCCACCUCGUCCCAUUUCAACACCGAUACGCCGCCCAUGA